UCGCUCCACAGUGUGAGUGGGCGGGCCAGUGCAGGGCAGUGAGUAUUGCUCGAAGACAGGAAGGAAGGAAAGGCGCUAUUUAAAGAGUUUGUUACAAAAGAAGGAACAGUUUCACGUUAUGUCCGGUUUGGCCAGUGCACUCGUGGCGCGCCUGCGCAUAACAAGGACCAAGAUUGGCCUGUGGAACGGACUAGCGUCCUUGUCCCAACCAAUGAAAAUGCGCCGGAGGCGGGCCAUUCUCUCACUGGCCUGCCCUGCGUCUGCGCGGGGGUUUCGUUCAGCCGCAGCUGUAAGCGCGAGUUUCUCUUCUUCGCGCGAUGGGAUCCGGGCUGAUCGAGCGCCUUGCCCCUCGCUUGGGCCUAGCUGAGCCCAGUGUGCUGAGGAAAGCAGAGGAGUACUUGCGACUCUCUCAGGUGAAGUGUAUUGCUCUGUCUGCACAUACCUCAGAAACUAGCAAUGCUGUCAUGUGCUUGGACCUUGCAGCUGCCUGUAUGAAGUGCCCCUUGGACAGGGCUUAUUUAAUUAAACUUUCUGGAUUGAACAAGAAAAUGUAUCAGAGCUGUCUUAAAUCUUUGGAGUGUUUAUUGGACGUGAAUUCAAAUAUUGGAAUAAAAGACCUAGCUGUACAAUUUAGCUGUACAGAAGCAGUGAACAUGGCUUCAAAGAUACUGCAAAGCUAUGAGUCCAGUCUUCCUCAGACACAGCACGUAGAUUUGGAUUUAUCCAGGCCACUUUUCACCACUGCUGCACUACUUUCAGCAUGCAAGAUUCUAAAGCUGAAAGUGGAUAAAAGCAAAAUGAUAGCAAUGGCCUGUGUAAAAAAAGCCAUUUUUGAUCGACUGUGUAAGCAAUUAGAGAAGAUUGGACAGCAGAUUGACAGAGAACUUAAAGAUUUGGCUAGUCCUCCACGGAAGAAAAAGAAUAUAGUAGUUGAAACACUGGCAAAAGAAAUAAAGAAAGUAGAAGAAAUCCCACAUAAAUCACAGAAAGACAACGAUGUGACACAGGAUUAUGAAGAAUGGAAAAGGAAAAUUUUGGAAAAUGCUGCCAGUGCUCAAAAGACUACAGCAGAGUGAUUUUAGUUUUCAGCCUGGACUGUACUACAAACCUGUAAUUUACUGCCACCUCCAGGAAGGAUUGAAGGCUUUGAGCUUUGUUUGAACUUUUAUACCAAGGAUCCUAUUGCUGUAAUAGCAGCGAAGCCAUUACUUGAGCUGAGUUCUGGGCAGUGGGCUGCCUCUGAUCUAAGCAACAUUACAUCAUCUGCAGUGCCUCGCACCUCAGAUCCCCAGUCUGGCUGUUCUACAACAGGAAAUGGCAGCCAUCUUGCUUUUCUGUUGUGUCCUAAGCUAAAGGUAGUCUCCUGUUGUAUCUAAAAUAUAAGAUUUUACUUAAAUUUUUGUGCAACUGUUUUGGUUUGACUAAAUAUUUUAUACAGUCUGAGUUAAUAAAUAUUAUUUUUAUGUGCAUGCAGGUUGCAUUUAUCAUUAGUUUGAAAGCCAAAAUCAGGAAAAAGUCCAGCUUACUAUACAGUAGUCCUCACUGCUCACCAGAACCUAGAAAAAUCACAUUUCCUGAGUUUCAAACCCUGCUUGGCUACUCACACCUGUGAAACCUUAAGGAAACUCAUUAAUUUUUUUAGGCCUCACUUAAUAAAGUAGGAAUAAAAAGUGAUACCUCUUGGAAUAAUUUGGAGUACUAUAGCCAGUACACAUAGUUUUUUAGCUACAGUACCUGCUAUUAAGUAUUCAGCAAAUAUUAGAAAAAAGAGCAAUUAACUAUGGAAAAGGACCUUUUAUGACUGGGCAUCAUACCAAGACAUGAUUUUAACUAAAAUUAAUAUAUGAUUUAGCUGAGCAUUGUGGUGUACCUAUGAACUCAGCACUCUGGGAGGCUGAGACAAGAGGAUCUUGAGUUCUAGUCCAGUUUGGGCAACUUAGAGACUUAGUGCCACCCUGUCUCAGCAGAUAGGCAGGUAGGGGAUAUAGCUCAGUGCAAAGGCCCUGGAUCAUUCCCCAGUACCAAAUAAGAUGUAAUUAAAUUUUUCCAUGAUGAAGUGAUUGUACCCAUGUGUUUGGACUGGCAUCAGUAACAAAAGUGGUUGCCUCUUAUCUCCUACAAUGAAGUCAUAAUACCUGCUACAUAGAUGUAGAGUGACUGAUUCUUUUUCUCUUGCUCUUUUUUUGAGAUUGGGAUCUCACUUUGUUACCCAGGCUGAUCUUGAAGUCAGGGACUCAAGCAGUCUUCCUACCUAAGUUGCUGAAAAGCUGAGACUGUAGGUGUAACCACCCCGCCUGGCUUGCCUGGCCCUUUUUAACUCUUGAAAUUUAGCAGAUUGACGUUCAGGAAAUAACACAAUCAAAUUAUCCCAACACAGAAAUAGCACCUGACAAGCCCUGUGAUAUUUAAAUUCUGGCUGUGCCAUUUCUUCCCUAAAAACAGCUCACAACUUAAAUGAGCUUUUAGUUUCUUCAUUUAUAAAAGACAUGUGUCUUGUGAGAAUUAAAGGUAAUACUUGUAUAUGAUAUUUGGAAGGCAUUCACUCAUAGCCCUUGCUAACUACUGUAAUGUAAAAUGAGUAAAUGUCCUCAUUCAAGAAGAUACGUUUUUUUGUUUGUUUUUGGUUUUUUAGGUACUGGGGAUUGAAUUCAGGUCCUUGUGUUUGCGAGG